CUUGCAGGAGGUGUAAUCCUGGGCGUGGCCCUGUGGUUAAGACAUGAGCCCAAGACCAGCAGUCUGCUGGAGCUCGAAUUGAAUGGGUCCCAUGCCCCCAGCACCUUCUACAUCAGUGUCCACAUCCUGAUUGCUGUCGGGGCAGUGAUGAUGGUGGUUGGUUUCCUCGGUUGCUAUGGCGCCAUCCAGGAGUCCCAGUGUCUACUGGGAACUUUCUUCGCCUGCCUGGUCAUCCUGUUCGCCUGCGAAGUUGCAGCUGGAAUCUGGGGCUUCAUGCACAAAGACACUGUGUCGAAGGAGAUGGUCAACUUCUACGACAAUGUGUACGACCAGGCCAUGACAGCAAGCGUCACCGAACCAGACAAACAAAAGGCUGCCGUCCCUGUGCUCAGGGUCUUCCAUGAGACGCUGAAGUGCUGUGGUAAAGGCCAGGGGACCUCUUUUCUGACCCAACUUACAGAUGUACUCGGAAUGACCAAGCUCUGCUCCAAUGCUGAUGCCACAGUUAGUUGCCACCGAAGGAUCAAUGAAUUGUUUUCAGAUAAGAUUUACCUGAUUGGCAUCGCCGCGCUGGUGGUUGCAGUUAUUAUGAUCUUCGAGAUGAUCUUUAGCAUGGUGCUGUGCUGCGGCAUCCGCAACAGCCCAGUGUACUAAAGCGUCCGGCUCCCAGCCUCCUCGCCAUGAAGGAAAGACGACCUUGCAGUCCCCGCCUCAUUCUUUUUAUUUCCUUUUAUAAGCAGGAAACGUCACAUAUAUUGCUUGCUGGAUUUAGUCAGCUCUCUGAGAAGAAAACCACCCUCCAUUGAGCAUUUUAAUUACACUGUCAAUGAAUUUGUUGUUAGUCACAGAUGCUUUUAUGCAUAUUUAACCACAGCUAUCCUAACCUGAUAUGUAGAUAUUAUACCACAGUGUCACACAUGAGAGCCAGUCCCAGUGCUCUAAUCCUUUAGUGAUUUAUUAGUUGUUUACUGCUUCCUUACCUAUGAACAUGCUAUUAUAUUCUUUGUUUUAUGAAUGUUUUUCCACUGUUUUAUGUAUAAACUGUAUAUAAAUAUAUAUAUUAACAGUGCUUUAUGACUGCCUGAGCAUGGAUAUUGUAUUACAGUAGAUCCUUCUCCUGUAUUCUUCCUGCACUCUGCUUGUUUGUCUCGCCCUAGACUGAACCAGACGAUAGUGCAUAUGACCGCCACUAGUGUUGUGCCUCACCACGCCACUUAGAGGUGAACACACCUCUAGGAAAACACACAACAGACCGUUGUCUUGGUUCACAUCUACAGCGCUGUGUGAUGUCUACAGGAACUGACUAAAGAAGGAAUCUCAGUUAUUCAUGGAAGCUGGAACUAAAGUCAGAGUGACCUGAUGUCUGUCAUUUUGGCUCAGUCAGGUUACUUGUUGAUUUGUCUGUGGCUGUUUGUUGUUCAUCACGUCCAAAACUGUCUGAGUGCUCAGUUGCAUGAAACAUAACAGUAUUUUCCUUAGAUAGAAAGUUGCAUAAAGUUGAAUUAAGUCUUGAACUUGCAAACUAUACUUUUUAUAUUUUUUUAUUAACACAGAUAUCUCUUGUUUGGCCUAGCCUACUUCCAAACUUGUGAAUCACUACCUACAUCUUAAAUUUUGCAAAGGUUUAAAUAGCCUGGUAAAGAAAUAUUCUAAUAACCACCAACAAAAGAAAAUAAAAAAGAUUAAAAUAAAUCUAAAAGACAACAUUUUCAAAAAGUUUUAUACAACUGUGCACUCAUUUGUGGAUGCAACUUGCUUAACACUAUAACCAUCUUUCCCAAACCAGAGGAAUUGAAAUAUGACCUACAGCCUUUACCCUAUAAGCAAGUCAGCUCAUAUCUUCUGUGACUGACACCCCUGUUGCGUCUGUGUAUUGGUUGUAUGCUGACCGUCCACACAUGAGCCAACUGUCCCUGGUUGCUCAGCCCUGUCGGAAACUGACUGACUUGUAGAGGAAAGACAUGAAACUCUGUAGCCAGUGCAACAGUAGAAAGAGCCUUGGUUUUGGUGUUCUGAAUCUGGGGUGCCUUGUCUGGUUGAGUCUAGUUCCGUUUCAUCUGGCUUAGUUGUGUCAUUGUCCCACCGGCUUCGCAGCCCAUUAACCUUCCUCAUUGUCACCAUUCAUGUCAUAGGUGUUCCCAGGGCAAGAACAGGAGAAAAACAGCCCACCCAGUGGUUUGCACUAAGCGUUUUGCCCUCCUGCUUAGGAACAGUUUGAGCUAGUGUAUUUGUGUUCACAUACAGAUCAAGGCGAACACCAGUUGCAAUUGAGCCUAAGCCCCGCCCCUUUUGGAACCUCCUUUCCUGUACUGAGAUAUGCUACGUGCUAGCCUUGUCUGUGUUGAAACAUUGUGAAGAUGGUUAAAAGAUAAAAGUGACAUUUAGGCAUCUCAAGUUAGCAGAUGUUAGCCAAAUGCUAGCUAACAAGUUGGGUAAUCUACAUCACUCGAACUUACAUCCAGUGUUAGCAAAACGCAAGUUAACAAGCUAACCAAUUUACAUCAAUUGUUAGUUAGCUAGCAUUACGCUAACAUUUGCUCAUUUGAAAUGGGGCUUUGUGUCGCUUUCAUCAUGAAGCUUUUUAAAAAUGUGGUUGUCUUUUCAACAUAGACAAGCCUAGCACAUAGCAUAUCUCAGUCCAGGAAAGGAGGAAGUUGACCAAGGCUUGUUCAACUGGUAUUGGAGAACGGAGCAAAAAGGGGCGGGACUUACUAAGGGUCAAUCGCAUCAAACUGCGAGUUUGCUGGAACUGUUUUUCUCAGGGCGCAGUGACUUCUGGAGUCUUGUCACUGCGAAGGUUGCCAGAUAUCCAGGGGACACUCCUGUUAGCCGCUGCACCCAGCCAAGAAAUAGUUCCGGCUUGUAGCACUCCCAUGUUAUUACGUUGGUCAGUUCCUCAGAUUGAUGUUUUUCAGGGCUGUUGUGUUGGGGUUUGUAUUAGAUUACACAAGUGUUUAUAAUUUUGCGUCUGCUCUCUUUAAGUCUGUUUUUUUUUUAACCGCCUCAGGCUGAUUGCAGUAUAAUAGUUGUAGUAGUACACAGCAGCGCACUCACAACAGCUACAGUGUUGGCCACAAAUCAGCCUUACCUGCCUGCUGAAGUUCAGCCAAUCAGAAAGCUUCCACCUGGCAACUGAACAUGCUGUUUAUUUAGUCCAGUGGUGUUUUUACUCCACCACACAGGCUUGAAAAUAUUUGUCCUGAGGUCUGUUCCUACUAGAUCGCGUAACUGCACAGCACUGCAGCAUCAUAACCACUGACAUUCAAUCAUAUCAUCUCGUGUAAGCUUUUGUCACACAACUAAACUCUUGUCUUGGUAACAUCUCAUGCUUAAACUGAGAAACAGUAAAAGUGUCUUGUAAUAUUUACAGCUCUGAAGUAUUGUACUAAUGAAAAUCAUGAAGGCUGUAGAAAGACAAUGUAUGCCUUUUUUUCUCUCUCCUCGUAUUGUGAUAUCUUUGUCUGGUACGUCGUCAAAAGGAGUCUGGACGGAAAGGGUGGAAGAUUUUGUGGCAGUGCCGACUGAGGAAGUCAAACCUUAAAUACAUCUGUUAGUUCCUUCCCACAAACAUUAAGGAAAAUAUGACCAUGCCCGUCAGUCCAGUACUCAGUCAGUCCAAUGAUGAGGGCAUGUUGUCCAUGUUGCUGCUUUUUGAAUUUGGUAACUGACCCUCAGGACCCACUGCCACGUAAAUCUCAACCCCUCUCUACGUUUGUAGACUUUGGUUUGCCCAAAUAUAAAGGGAUUAAAUGUAUUUUACAAAAACAAGUGGUCUUCUAAUAUGUAUGAUUAAAAGGAUUAAAUAAAAAAAGCUACUGGAAGGCUGAAGAUCAA